AUGUUGCACACUGUGGAGAAGCGAUUGGUGACCGUUCCUGUGGAUGGGGAACUUGUAAGUCAAGAGGUGUACGUAGAUGCUUCCACUGAAUUGGACAUAGACCCCCAAACCGGCGUGUUCCGCACUCGGGCCGAGACAGAAGAACUAAUAAAAGAGGUGUAUCGAAUAGCCCGAGAUGCUCUUCCAAAAGAACUGGAGCGAUACAACAAUUGGAUGCGGAGCGGCUCUCGUUCUGACGUAUCCCAUACACCCUUGCAGCACUCACCUCUAAAUGUGGUGAGAAGUGGCACUGCAGCCAGUGUCCCUCAGAAAACUGAAAAGGCAGAGGAAUACAGAGCGCGGGGUAAUGAUGCAAUGAAGCAGGGUAAUUUACGGAAGGCUGUCCGCUGCUAUAGUGAAGCACUAAAAUAUGAACCCUCGUCCAGUACCCUAUGGUCCAAUAGGGCGGCUGCGAUGAUUCAACUUGAUAGGGGUGAUGACGCCUUGUCCGAUGCAAAAAGGGCGAUUUCUCUUGACCCAAUGAACGUCAAAGCAUAUUAUCGAAAAGCUUCUGCUUUAUAUUUGCUUGGCGCGCGCACCGCAGCUGCUUGCUGUGUUAAAGAAAGUGUGAAACGGUUUGGCACCAAUGCGGCCUGGGAAUCCCUUGGGGACCGUAUUGGAUCGAUGGCCAGAGCUGUUUUGGUGGAUCACAGAUGGAUCUGUAACGACGAUGUGGAAGAGGGUGAAGAGCUUUGUGCAUUGAAACCAAUAAAAUUGCCUUGUGCGGAUCCAUCUGAGGUGUUGCAUCUCUGGGCGAAAGCCGGUGUUCCAUCCGCUAUUUUGGCCGAAGAAGCUGCAUAUUAUGCUGCUCGUGGAUCAGAGCCUUUGGUUGAACCAUAUCAUGGUGUAAUGGAGGCACAAAAGGUUUACGAUAUGUGUACGGACGCAGAUUCUGAGUUUUCUUUGAUGUCUCGAUCGGCUGACAUUCUUCGCUGGAGCUGCCUCUUGUUAGGAUUCGCGGAUACACGGAUACCAAUGGGCCGAGGGCCGUGGUUAGAAACAAUUUUCGGUGAUGGAUUUAUCUUUCUGGGGGCCUCAUUGUUCUCCUCACCUACACAUGAGGCUAACGUCUCCCUUUGUUUUGAUCAGGCGUCACAUGAUCUUCGCGUGGUUGCGCGCCGAAAAAUCGGGCGAUAUGAAACCCUUUCUUCUUUGAGCGCGUUGUGCCACUGA